CCUGAAUUCUUUCUCGUGUGAAGACAAGAACCCUGCUUUUCUCCAGUAACAGAUGCGGGUGUGGUUGGAUUUGUCGUGGGGCCGUGGUCAGGUGGCGGAGGGAGGGCUGUGGCCCUGCCUGUAAAAACAUCCCCUGGGUGACUGGCGUAAGGCCUUGCCCGCCACAUGCUGUGCUCCUUGCCAGCCGGCCACGCUGCAUCUCCCGCCUGAAUCUGUGCCAUGCCCUUCCCACUCACGGCCCUGCUCUGCCUCAGGCUGUGUCUGAGCCAGAGAAUCAGCACCCAGAAGCAGGCCCUGACCAGGCCCAGCAUCUGGGCAGAGCCCGACUCCAGGAUUCCAGAGGGGAAGCCGGCAGCCAUCUGGUGCCAGGGGCCCCCCAGGGCCGAGGAGUACCAGCUGCGCUCCAAGGGGGGCCUCUCUGCCUGGGGGAGACCUGAGCAACCCGGAGCAAGGGGCGGAGUCCGGUUCCCCAUCGCGGCCAUGACCUCGCGCACUGCAGGGCGCUACCGCUGCUUCUGCCGCAGUGGGGAGCUCUGGUCGGAGCCCAGCGAGCCCCUGGAUCUGGUGGUCACCGGAAUGUACGACACGCCCACCCUAUGGGUUCAACCAGUGCCCAAGGUUACCUCAGGAGAGAAUGUGAUCUUCUACUGCCAGCUAGAGACGGUGACCAACACCUUCUUCCUGCUCCAGGAAGGCUGGCCCAGCCACACACAGGGCAGCCACAGGGCGGUGCCAGCGGAGUUCCCCAUGGGCCCUGUGACCUCGGCACACACGGGCACAUACAGGUGUUUUGGCGCAUAUAGCGGCCAUGUGUGGUCCUUCCCCAGUGAGCCCGUGAAGCUCCUGGUCACAGAUGUGGGAGACCCCAGCCUGGAACCCACAGACCCCACUCCUGCUCCCAGUGAGUAG